AUGGCUGCCACCUCGGGAUUGUCGACUGCGGUUUCUGUUCCCGCCAAGCUCAGCCACGUGGCGUCCUCCAGCAACGGCAUCUCCGGCACCGAGACCUCCGUCGCUUUCCCCUCCGCGAGGCAAGCGACUCGUGCGGGAUCGAACGUGGGGGAGGGGCGCGGGAAAUGCCGAUGCUCGACGGCGGAAAUUCUCCACGACGGCGCGCGGGAUCCGCUGCUGCUGCGCGUGGCGCGCGGAGAAGACGCGGAGAGGACGCCCGUGUGGCUCAUGCGCCAGGCGGGGCGCUACAUGAAGGACUUCCGCAAGUUCUCGGACAAGUACCCGUUCCGGAUGCGGUCGGAGACGGCGGAGAUCGCGAUCGAGCUGACGCUGCAGCCGUGGAAGGCGUUCGGCACGGACGGCGUCAUCAUGUUCUCCGACAUCCUCACCAUCCUGCCCGCCAUCGGGGUCGAGUUCGACAUGGUCAAGGGCAAGGGGCCCGUCAUUGCGGACCCUCUCCGCACAAAGGACGACCUGCGCGACCUCAAGCCCCUGGAGGACCCGGACGCUAAGCUGCCGUUCAUCCGCGAGAUCCUCACAUCGCUGCGCAGGGAGCUGGCAGGCAGCGAGGCGACGCUGCUGGGGUUUGUGGGCACGCCGUGGACGCUGGCAGCGUACGCCAUUGAGGGACAGGGCAGCAAGAACCUGCUCGCCACCAAACGCAUGAUGCUGCACGAGCCGGAGUUGCUGCACGGCAUUCUGGCGGCCCUAGAAGACGCCCUAGUGGUGUAUGUGAGCCACCAGAUCAGCUGUGGGGCGCACAUCGUGCAGCUCUUUGACUCAUGGGCGCACCACCUCACGCCCGCGCAGUUCGCCGAGUUCAGCCUGCCGUACGCCGAGCGGAUCGUGCAGCGUGUGAAGCAGCUGCACCCGCACACGCCGCUCAUCUUCCAUGCCAAUGGGGGGACUGGCAAGCUGCACCUGGUGCAGCAGGGGUGCAGUGCGGACGUGGUGGGGCUCGACUGGGGCACUGAUAUGGCUGAGGCUCGGCGUGUGUUUGGCAGCGAUGCUGUGCUACAGGGGAACGUGGACCCGAUGGUUCUGUUUGGGCCGGAGGCGUCCAUCAGAGCAGCCGUGGCUGAUUGCUUGAGCAAGGCGGGAGGCCGGAGACACAUUCUCAACGUGGGCCAUGGGGUGGUGCAGGGGACUCCUGAAGAAUCUGUGGCUCUCUUCUCAAUGGCCGCCGUCGCCUCUUCCUCUGCUGUCCGCGUGGCUGCCGUGUUCGGCGCCAAGAACCAGAAGCUCAAUGCCAAGAGCUUCGCCGGCGCUUCCCUCGCCGUGAAGGCCGCUCCCGCGCGCCUGACCAUGGCCGCGGAGGCUCCCGCCGGUUUCUCCCCCCCGGAGCUGAAGUCCGACACGCCGUCGCCCAUCUUCGGCGGCAGCACCGGCGGCCUUCUCCGCAAGGCUCAGGUCGAGGAGUUCUACGUGAUCACGUGGGAGGCCAAGAAGGAGCAGAUCUUCGAGAUGCCCACCGGCGGUGCUGCCAUCAUGCGCGCGGGCCCCAACCUGCUGAAGCUCGCCAGGAAGGAGCAGUGCCUCGCGCUCGGCACCCAGCUGAGGACAAAGUUCAAGAUUAACUACCAGUUCUACCGCGUGUUCCCCAGCGGCGAGGUUCAGUACCUCCACCCUAAGGACGGCGUGUACCCCGAGAAGGUGAAUGCUGGCCGUGCCAACACCAACGUGAACCUGCGCUCCAUCGGCAAGAACGUUGAUCCCGCUGUUGUGAACGCGACACUUGUCGGCGAGUGUGAGAUCUGGGUGGUGGGCGGCAGCGACGAGCGCGCCGUGAAGCAUGACGUGUUCGCUUUCAACACGCGCACCAGAGAGUGGAGGCAGGUUCAGACACGUGGCAGGUAUGCAGAGUACCCACGUGUCACACAUGCUGCCAUGGUGCAUCCACAGCAUGCCACGUGGCUGCUCAUCCACGGGGGCUACGGCGGCAACGGACCCACGCUUGAGUUCCUCGACGAUCUCUGUGUACUCGAUACAGGUAUACUUGCUACCAUGCUUUGUGCUGAGAUUUUUCAGGUGCUCUUCCACCUCUUCCACCUCACCCUCCCUCUUGCCCCAUACCCAAUGCCCAAUGCCCGCCAGUCCUCCCUGCACCUACCCGCUCCCCCAAUCCCUAGGGCGUACGACCCUUUGUCCAACGCGUGGGAGCAGCCCACGGUGGCGCCAGGGAGCCCACAGGCGCAGCCGCGGUCCAAUCACGCGGCGACAGGUGUCGGGGGCGGGAUGGCGGUGGUGCACGGGGGGCGUGUGAAGAAGGAGCGGCUGGACGACCUCUGGCUGCUGCAGGUGCGGUUUUUUGUGCUGCCCUGCCAUGCAGUGCAAUACCAUGUGUCUUGGUAUGAGAGUGCAGAGGAUGGCACUGGCAAGUGA